GCAUUUUAGCAGGUAUUUUUUUUUAAAGAUGGCGGACAAAGCAGAUAAAUUCGAGGCAUUGGAGCAGCAAUUGGAGUUGUUUAUUGAAAAUACAAGACAGCUAGGGAUAAUUGUUAGCGAUUUUCAACCCCAAGGACAAAAUGUUUUAAACCAAAAGUUGCAUACUAUGGUAACUGGUUUGCAGGAGAUAGACAAAUUGAAAACACAGAUGGGGGAUAUUCAGGUUCCUCUUGAAGUGUUUGACUACAUAGAUCAAGGAAAGAAUCCAAACCUGUACACUAAAGAUUGCUUGGAGAAAGCUCUUGCCAAAAAUGAACAAGUGAAAGGAAAGAUUGACAAUUUUAAGAAAUUCAAGGCAGCCUUGUUAGUGGAGCUGGACAAGGUCUUUCCGCAUGAAAUCAAUAAUUACCGAGCCAUGCGAGGAGAUGACAAGCCGUCCUAGUUAUAGGCCGUGUAUUUGUGAAACAUUUUGUGGAACACUCAUAUUGGAGUGGUUUUUGAUGUUUGUAAUUAAGUAAUGUACUACUGUGUCUUGUCAACCAAUACCCUCAAUUUUGCUGUCAGAACGAUGCAUUAAAGUCCGGCUGACCAAGAGGGCCUGAAUUUUUACAAUAAAAUAGUUAACAAAAAAAGAUAUUGCUUGUAAUAUAUUGAAUUAGAUGGAAUUUGUGUGUUCAACCUGUCAGAGGGUCAGUUCAUAACUUUUAACCAGGUUUUCAAACAAAGAAUCUGAUUAUUAAGAUGGUGAAAAUGGCGUGCAGGCGGGCGGUCGGCUGCCAAAAGGGUACCCUUAUCGACGGAUAACUCCUUCUACAGUUUUCAAGAUAGGAAGUUGUUCUUUUGUAGAUUAAUUGUGCAUAUAUCAAAAGUGUGCAUGUUGCUAGGAUUUUGAUAGCUGGUCAUUAAUGGAAAAAAAAAUACCAGUUUUUGAACUUAUUCAUUUUUUUUUGCAAAAUAUUGCAUAUAGGGUGCCCCUAUUGUACAGAUAACUUCUACAGUUUUCGAGAUAGGAAGUUGUUCUUUUGUGAAAUAAUUGUACAUGUAUCAGAGUUGCGCAUGUUGCUAGGAUUUUGAUUUAUCAUUGUUAAUGAAAAAAUACAGUGUACCAGCUUUUGCACUCAUUUUUGGCAAAAUAUUGCAUAUAGGGGACUCCAUCUCUGGAUACUGUACCAUAGUUAUUGUUUAUUAAUUCAGGGUUGACAUGGAUUAUGGUGUAGUUCACAUACCGGUAAAAGAUAACCUAGUUUACUGUCACAUUGCCAGCUUUUCACUUAUUUUAAUUUAGAAAACACUGUAAAUUGUAAGUGUUAUUUACACAAAUGUCUGAUCAGCAAGCAAACUUAAAAUAGGGCAUGUCCAUUGGUUGGUCAUAAAAAUAGUGACUCCAUAGAAAUAUGCUUAUGUAUCAUUAGAGGACAAAAGUUUCUAAAAUUUUCUUUUUAUGAGGGCCAGGUAAGAGUAUUCCACUUUGGAUUUAUAUGUCACAGCAUUUUUGAUGUAGUAAUUUGCCAUCUGAGUUUAUUAGAUGACUUGAGUAUGUCAAAAUGAAAAAAUUAUAAAGAAUUUUAACUUGUCACACAAAUUGUCAGUUUUAACGAUCUAAAGCUUUAGAUUUCAAGUGAUAAUAGAUAUUUACUUUGAAUUACUUUACAUGUAUACAUUCAAUCUAAUUAAAUCAGAAAAUUAGAUUAACCCCUUCAAUAUACAGUUUAACAUUGUUCAAGCAGCUCAGUGUCUUCUAACACAGCAAAGUCUUCAAAGUAAAAUAAAAAUAGAAGAAACACCAUCUAGGCUUUAUACAUGUAGCAAUUUCAUUUAAUCCACAGACAUAGAAAAAAGAUCACAGAUGACAUCCUGAUGAUAUAAUGUCAAUGGGAAAGGUUCAUUUUUAUUAGUUGUCUUCAUGUUGUUUCUGCUAACUGGAAGACACUGGACUUCUUUCAGUAUAUACAUGUAUGGCUUUAAGAUCAAGCACCAACUGAGUUACAGCCCUUGGACUUUGAAAAGUUUAGAAAAUUUCUGAAAAUUUAAAGACUUGUUUUUACACCGUUGAUACAUAAAGUGACUAGAUUUCUGUAUUCUAUUUUUGUUAGGAAAUAUCCCUUUAACAUCCUUAAAGCUUAUCUGUUGAUUUGUAAUCUUAUGAUUUAGUGUACUCUUUGUAUUUUAAACAAAAUCAAAGAAAAAAUGAUAUUAAGAGAGCUGGUUUGGUGUGGCCAUUUUUAGACUUUAUUAAUCUCCUCAAGUAGAAGAACUCUGUAUAAAGAUAUUAGAAAAUUAAAAUGUAAAAUACAUGGAUUUUUUAUUUACAAUAAAAUGAAAGUUUAUAGCUUAACAAAUCACAUCUGAAAAUUUAUUAAAGAAGAUUCUAUGGUUACUUUGUUAACCAUCCAGCCUCCUGGAGUUAAGAGCUGUGGGUGUUGUAUUUGCUUCUAAGUUAUGUCUCCAAAUGUCAAUUUAAAAAAAGUGACAUGAGCAAAUUUAGGGUGAAACUGGAGUUUGGGAAGGAGUGGAUUAAUUUGAUCUCUAGGUGUUAAUGUCUUCUUGCUUUAUGAAGUCUGCUUGAACAUGGAUGUAUUCUCCAUGCAAUUUGUUUAUCACAUUUAUUAUGCCAACUAUUAUUGCAAAAAUAAGAAGAUGGCUGAUAAGAUAAGUAUGAUAAGUGACUUUUACGUUUGGGACUAUAGCUCUUUCUGUUAUGUGUAUCAAAAUGCCUUUUGUUGGUAAAGUUCAUCCCUAGAAUGAUAAAAGUUAUCCCUUAAUUGAUCAAAGCAAACAACAAUGGAAUGUUAAAUUUUUAAACAUAUACUUUAACAGUCAGUGUACUGAUAUAAUAAAUAAUUCAAAAUUUAAUGAUGGUUAAUCGAAAAAAAAUGUCAAGAAGUGUUUUCAUGGAAAAUCACAGGAAUAUAACACUUGACAUUCCAAGUGGUGUAAAUAUACAGUGAUAUUUAUGUACAGAAUACAUGUAUUGAAAUUGAUACCCCGGCAUAAAUUUUUUGUUUCCUAACAUAAUUGACUUUUUCAAAAAAUACUUAGUAUGUGAAGUUUGGUUCUGACAAUCCAAUUAAAACCAGGUCCUUAGGUUAGCUUUUACUUAUAUCACUGCACUGUGUUAUAUAUAGCUUAUGUAUGGAUUUUCUUUUGUUAAGAACGGGGUCUUAAAUGUACAUGUAGUCCAUAUUCAUGCACAUGAUGAUGAAUUGAUUUCAUAUAUUUACAUCUACCAAGUAUUUUCUACUUAAAAAAUUAUAGACUGCACGAAAUAAUCAUAAUGAUAUCAGACUCAAAUUCCCAUAUAUAUGUAAGACAAUUUGGCUAUAUAUUUCUUUUAUCUUAUGUACACUGACAAAUACUUUAGUUACCUCAGCUUACUCUUUCCAAUAAGUUCAUUAAUUUGUUGAAAGAUGUAAUUAUAAACAAGAAAAUGCUUUCUCUGAUGAUUCAUGCAGGUUGUUAUAUUGUAAAGUCCAUUGCCGAAAAAAUUACAUAACCAGCUAACACAUCAUAUUCAGCAUGAUUCACCUAGAAAGCAUUUUAGUGUUUAAAUAAU